AUGGCAGAGCCCAGCGCCAAGAGGCAAAGGCUUGAGGAAGCCAAAGACCCGAAAGCACCGGCAAGUGCCUGCGAUGUCGCCACGCCUCAAAAAGUCUCCAAAGGGGGCACGAAAGAGGCGGUGGUGCAAAACUACGUGGACCUCCUCAAGGCCCAGCAAACACGAGUGGUUAAGUUCCCCUCGCUUCUUUCGGAAGCAGACCUUCAGCAGGUUUUGAACUGCCAUCGUGCCGUCCUCGACUCUGGCGACCCUGCAGUGACCAACCCACAGAACCGCCAGCACAAGAGGAAGCGCUGUUUGUUCCUACAUGGCCAGUCGGUGCCAGAGCAGGGCCAGCUGCUGAGCAGAGCACCACAGGUUCUUCGAAAGAUGCUGCGAGCGGCCGUCUCCGCGCAGCAGCAGGGUCAGUGGGGCAGCGCAGAACCGGACCCAGCAGGCAGCGAGGAUAAGAACUCUGCACUGUCAGGCAUCGACGUCCGGCGCUGCUCGAUUCGUGUGGUGGAGCUCUGGGAAUACGAAUCUGGAGGUGGCCUCGUCGAUGACUACCAUUUCGAUGCAGGGAGCAUCGUCACCAUCGUCGGCUUGGUUAAUGACAAGGAGGAGUUCACAGGCGGCAAGUUUCAGACAAAGGAGCCGGAUGGCCACCUCCAGACUCAUGAGUUGUCCAAGGGUGACGUUAUCUGCUUCGUUUCCCACAAGUACCACAGCAUCACGCCAGUGCCAGCAUACACACCAGCUCCGAGAGCGUUGUCCCUGCCAUGGCCGAAUGCUUUGAGCAUGCGCUUCGGUGAGCAAUCGCCGGGCAGCCCUGGCAGCGAUGAGGACGAAAGCGAGGAUGAGCUGCUGCUGCCACGAGCACUGAAAGGGCGUGUUGGGCCGACGAAGCGCGCUUCAUUUUGCAUUGCUUGCAUUGGAGUCAGCGCUUGCGUGGGCCUUGGGGCAGUUGUCCUGCAAAGCCGCGGGCAGACAGAGAUGGGCAUGGCUGCUUGGAGACCACCGGAGCGGAUGGUGGAGGAACUGUACACUUUCGGCUCACCCGGUGCGUCGAAGAGCAUAUUGCUGGACAUGUCCAGGGAGGGAGGCUGCAUCGCCGGCUUGCGUGUGUACACCAGGAGCGAGCGGCCUGGGUGGAAGGUGAACACUCCAGUAUACGACCCGGUUUCCUGGAUCACUGAGCAGUUCGGCUUCCGCCAUGCGCAGAUGGCCUUCUUAGAGCUUUCCGAGCAGAAUCUGCUUGAGAGUGACAUGGGCCCUUGUCGUGCAUCUGCCUCUGACCCACACCACGAUGACUUCUGGUGGGUGGCUGGGCAUAGCUCCUACGAGGCCAUCCUGAAGCAUCAUCUUAUGGCGCAGGCCACGACUGGGAAAAAGCCGCUGCCGGCCUCAUACGAUGGCACCGGCAGCUUGUCACUGCUGCAGAAGGCAUACCUCAUGGUCCAUUUCACCUUCGUCAUCUAUGCGCCCGAGAUGCAAACGAUGCAUAUGGAUGCGCGACUCUGGGGAUGGAACCUGGUGGGCUACGCCGAGUCGCUGCCUUACGCGGACAAGGGCGGCCUUGUCCAGUUUCACGACCAUGCCGCGCUUUACCAGCACCCGAAAAGCCUGGAAUGCGCUCUCGUCUUCGAGGGCAGUGAUCGACAGGAUCUCAGCGACUGGGUCUACGAUGCUGAUAUCAAGACUUCCCAGUUCUGUGGCUUCGAGGACGUUCACAGUGGGUUUCGGGAUAAGCUGAUGGCUAUGCUUCGAAGCGAUGACUACGACCAGGCGAUUCGCGCGAAGCUACCCUUUUGUUCUCGAGUCGCAGCUACCGGCCACUCCAUGGGAGGUGCACAGGCGGAGUUGUUCACAGCAUGCGCAAACCGGCGGAUCCCAAAGCUUUGGCAGACGGACGCGCUGUCCGAUCACAAGCUGGUUGCCUUCCACCUGACGGGCCCAGAGCUCUUGAGACCGUUCCUGACGGAACAGGUUCCCGGCGUGGUGCUGCGGAAUGUAAACAACCGUUGCCUGGGCGUGGAGGGCCCCAUGGAGACGGCCUCCGGUAGCGCCCUGGCCGCCGAGCGCUGCCACCCUCCGGGGCCGCGCGCGGCGCAGCGCUGGCGUUUGGGAGAGGCUGGCAGCAUCGUGAACGAAGCCACCAGCAAGUGUUUGACAGUGGAUGUUGACGACGUGUCCAAGCCUGUCACUCUCCAUCUUUGCCGCCAUCUUGCGAAUGGCGCCCCGCACUCGAAUCAGACCUGGGUGCACACGCCGGAAGGUCUUCUCGAGCAAAGGUCGGUUGGAAACUGCUUGAAUGCCAAGCUGCAGCUGGAGAAGUGCGCAUUCUCUGACCAGCGGUGGGAGCCCAGCGCAGACGGCCGAUUGCUCCACAAACUCUCGGGUCGCUGCCUGGACGUUUCUGGAGAGGCAGCGGUGGAUGGAGCCACCUUUGUCUUGAACGACUGUGCCGAAGGGGUCGAGGACGCCAAGCUCCAGCGCUGGGGCAUCUCGCAACAUGGUGUCCUUCAAAGUCUUUCUGAUGUUAGCCUCUGCAUCGGGGUCAGCGUUUCUGAGACAGGGGCUCAAAACCUCGCGGUUCAGUCUUGUCCCGAAGAGGCCUUCGAAGACUUCAAGUGGCAUUUUCUGCAAGGCAACUUCCUGAGACAUGUCGCUACAGGAAUGUGUGCAGAUGUGGUCGGCUCUCCUGGAACAGACAGGUAUGCCGGGAUCGAGCUUGCUCCGUGUGACAAUCAGGCAUUGGAAACACCUGGCAUCUGGAGCUUCUCUCACGAAGGCUUCCUACUGAACCAGGGCAGCGAUUGGCUUUCUGCCAACAAGUGCCUCAGUGCCCAUCCUCAUGGUGAUGAUCCAAGCGAAGUCAGCCUCGACGUCUGCGAGUUGGGCACGGAUCAACUCUGGGAGUUCUCCGACGGCAGGGUCCGCAACACGCUGGGCAGCCGGAAGUGCAUCACCCUGAGCGAGUCCUUUCAGCCGCAGCUCCAAAUAUGCCGGAAUGCUUCCGAGACACAGUACUGGAAGCAGCUUGAUGGCGUUCUUCUGCAGAAUCGCAACACAGGCAGCUGCCUGGCCACUGUGUCCACAGGCGCCGAGCUCGAGCUCAAAGCCUGCUCGCUGGGUGAUCCGCACCAGCUCUGGGAAAGCAUCCUUGCAAGCGAUGGCUCGGCAAUUGCUGGGGCAGAGGACUCCGUCAGGAAACGAUGGUUCGCCAACUACACAGACGAGUAUGUCAAGGUGCAAGAAUGUAGCAGCGUCCUUCCUGACGAGGAGGUGGGGUGGGACACCUGUGGAGACUACGACAUGAAAGACCGGCGAGCCGCGGUCGUCCUUGCGUUGCAGGCCAUUUUCACCUUGGGAACCGUCAUCGGGCUGCCCUAUGCGGCCUGGUGGAUGAUGACAUGUAGCACCGGAUAUCCCACGUACGACUUCCUCUUACGAUUUCGCUUGCCCCUUCUCCUGCGAUUCGGCUUCACCUUCAUCAGCGUCACGGACCUCUAUCAGGAUGCGACCUUCCCUGUCAUUGCUGGAACGUGUGGCUUCGACCUCUGGUUCGUCUCGGCCUGGCUCGUUUUCCUCGGGGUUGGCGUGAUGCAGAUCCUGGUGCAGCUGAUGCUCGUCAUGUCCUGUUGGAGGGCCUACAGGAAUGCGCGGACACCCGAGGAGCGUGAGCGCCACCACGUGGAGGGCAUAUUCCUGGCCUUGCGAGCAAUGGACAACCAUCUUCUGGUCUACGCCUGCAGGCCCGCAGUGGAAGAGCGCCUCGGGGGAGCAAGCUGCUGGAAAAUGAAAACGGUCGAAGCUCGCGUGGCCUUCAGCCGUUUCAUCUUCGAAGAUGCUGAGCAAUGCGCUCUGCAAGGCGGGUGA